AUGCCGCACACAGGAGUUUUCUUCAUACCCUCUAGCCCUAAUGCCCCCAACAUCCUAGGCCCGCUCACAGAGCGCCUGCGCUCCGUCUACGGCGACGAGGCAAUCCCCAUCGGACGUUGGGGCCUAGAACACAAACUAAUGCGCGACACACCUUCUUGUCUGCCAGCAUCCGCGCAUGCCCCCAACCCAGCACCGCGAGCACGUUAUGUCCAAUUCCUAUCAAUGACGAACCACCCCAAGCUUGGGUUUGUGUAUGCUUCUGAAGACGAUGAUAAUGAAACCCAGACCAAUCAGCCCAUAACAGGGAGGGAAAAGACGGAGUCUGGGAUGAUCAUGUCCACUGUCCCGAUCGCUUCCUCGUCGGAGAUUUUCCGUCAUUUUGUGCGCUGCUGUGAACCGAUUUGGUGUCAUCGACAUACCGUCACGGUGACGGGGACGGUGUAUGAUGUCGGCGAUUUUAGGGUGCGGUUAGGUGAAGUGCGACAGACACAGCCGCAGGCGAGGCCCAGGGGCACGAUUAUGGAGGUUGAGUGGAGAGGGCCGUCGAUGAUUGCGGAUGCUUUAUCGCCAGUUUCUUCGUCUCUAGGCCUUGACAAGACCCAAGAUAGCGGUGUGUUGGCGAUGGAUGUAGAUGGGGAUAUUGAUUCGGCUAUGGAAACGCCCUAUAUUCCUACUGAGUCCGAGAUACAACUUGAAUACGAGCAGAUCUCGCAUUUGAUUCGGGAGUUUUGGACAAAAAUUUAUAGCUCCAACGACGCCACCACCAAUAACAAACAACUACCGACCACCAUCCGCGAAGCAAUCCUUAUUCCAGAUGUAGGUCGGGAAUUAAAACAAAGGAUAGCGCAGCGCCGACAACCGGGUUGGCAAGAACGAGAGAAUAGGCGACGGAGAAAGAGGCGUGAGGCUAUCGCGUUGGAUAGGAGUUGGGGUGGGGUUUCCGAAAAGCAACAGCAACAGCAAGAUGAAGAGGAAGAUGAUAUGGAUGCUGGGGUUGACUUGGCGAGGCAGUAUAUGGAGCUUUUUCGUUUUAAUCGUUAA